AACGAAACUCAAGUCAAAAAGUUAUACCCCAGAUUAAAUAACUUUAAGUCAUGGCAAUUUUUUCGUCCUUAAGUGGCUUCUUCAAUCGAAACAAGCGUAAGAUAAUAAUCGCAUCUACACUUUCUGUCUCAUUAUACUAUUUGAUUAAUCAUUUUGUUGUCAAGAAACUCAGAAGCUUUCAGGAUUCCCUCAGGCAAGAGUUAUUUAUCAAAGAACAGAUUAAGAGAAGAUUCAUCCAAACUCAAAAUGACUGUUACUACACGUUGAUCGCUCUCUUGCCGGUAUUGGUUCCACCAAUCAUCGAUAACUCGCCAACUGAGAUGAUCACCAAAGCGUUGAAAUUAAAGAAAUCCAACUUGAGCGCCUCCUCAAGCUCUAUCCCCAAGGAAAUCAGUGACAGCUUAUUAACCACCGACAAUUUGAUUUUACACUCCAAUGCCAAUGAUAACGAUUUGUCUUUGUAUUUGAAUAAGUCCAAGACCGAAUUAUGGCGGUUGUUAAAGAUCAAAACUGUUACUAGAUUCUUGACAUUAAUUUACUCCAUUUCCUCAUUGUUGCUCUUAACUCGUUUACAAUUGAAUAUCUUGGCCAGAAAGUCUUACUUGCAAAGUGCCAUUUUGAUGACCAAUGGAUCCAAGCCAGAUUCGGUAGACAAUAACGAGAUUUACUUGAUUGAACAGAGCUAUUUGAGUCUUAGUUGGUGGCUCUUGAACAAGGGGUGGGUGGCUCUUAAUUAUGAAAUCGAAAGUAAAGUUGAAAGCAAGUUCCGUCUGAUCAAUGCCAGAACAGAGAUGUCCUUGAACGACUUUUCAGUUUUACUUGCUGAUACGGUUGACUCCAUAAAUGCUGAUAAAGAAUUGGUCAUAAGCACGAUCUGGCCUAACUUUGAUGAUUUAAACUUGACGCUACUCAACACAACCCCAUCAUUAAUCAAUGAGUACAAUGACGAAUUUUUGAAGUUGAUAAACGAAACCAACCUUAUUACCAGCAGUGAUGUUUUCGCCAAUAACUUGUCUCAAAUGGUUCACUCUUGCUUACAAACGUUGAAUUCCAAUCUAUCUCCAUUAAGUGGUAACAUGAACUUGAAGUUGGCCAAUUUGUUGGCCCAAUUAUCAAUUCAGUGUGAAAUCCUCUGCAACAACAGUACCGCCACCUCCAACAGUAACGAGAAUAUUAACGAUAAUGAAUUGGCUGGUAACGAUUACAUUAACCAUAUAAAUGACCUAGAAUGCCUUGAUGCCUUCAGUGCAAGUAUAUACUCUAAUAUUGAAUAGGAAAAUUAUUUAGGUUAAUAGAGUCCCAUUCCU